AGCUACUUCCUAACAGAUUGGAUUGGCAGGGCAGUGAACACAGUAGGACAUAUGAGGAAAUGGUAUCGGCUAACAAGUGUGUAGCUCCGGACCAUUUGCUGAAAUUGUGUCAGAGUUUAACAACAUUUCUUGAUAACCACUCUCCAGCAAACCUAUCCAGAGCACGUUCCCUGCUUGGCCUUGUCAAACCAUCAUUACGUACAGAAAAAGGUCACAGAAAUGCUCAGUGGAGCCAGAAAUCCUUUGCCACUCUUCAGCGCGGGAGGCCACCAGAAGUGUCUGUUACCAGGAAGAAACCACCGUUUGUUGUGGAUGUGCAUCAGGGGAAACAUCUUACCGGAGCCACGCAGUUCGCUUCUGCAUUUCCUGUAACAAUGUACCAGCAGAUCAAGAUGCAGAAGAGGAUUCUAGGUCACCUUUCUUCUGUUUACUGUGUUGCAUUUGACCGCACGGGUCAAAGAAUUUUUACUGGCUCAGAUGACUGCUUGGUGAAGAUCUGGUCUGCACUUGAUGGCCGGCUGCUAGCUACUCUAAGAGGUCACUCAGCUGAGAUCUCUGAACUUACUGUGAAUUGUGAAAACACUCUGAUUGCUGCUGCAAGCUGUGAAAAGAUUAUCCGAGUUUGGUCACUAAGAACGUGUGCUCCUGUGGCUGUACUGCAAGGUCAUUCUGUGUCCGUAACCUCUUUGCUUUUCAGCCCACUGGUCAAAGGUGCUCUGCGGUACUUGGUGUCUACAGGAGGAGAUGCAACUGUCUGCCUGUGGCAAUGGGAUGUCUACACCUUGCAGUUCAGUGAUCGGCCUGUGAAAUUUAUAGAGAAAUCUGGACCUGGUGUUCAGAUGCUUUGUUGUUCCUGCAGUGUUGGUGGAAUGUUUAUGGCUGUUGGUGGCAGCGACCACGCUAUCAGAAUAUAUUAUUUUGGCAAUGAAACACCAGAGAAAGUGUCAGAGCUGGAGGGCCACACAGACAUAAUUGACAGUAUCCUCUUCUCAUUCAACAGUGAAAGGUUCGUCAGUGGAAGUAAAGACGGAACAGCUCAGAUAUGGGGCUUGAAACAACAGGAAUGGCACACUAUUACUCUUGAUAUGAGUGUUAAUGUGGAGGACAGAUACAAAUGCAACGAUAUUCCACAAUAUUCUAAACCAAAAGUCCUCAUGAUUGCAUGGGAUCUAACUGACAGUUUUGUUGUGACUGCGUGUAGUUCCCACCUGCUCAAGGUCUGGGAUUCACAUACUGGCAGCCUACUACAUGUUCUGAAGGGUCAUCAAAACGACAUUUUUGUCUUGGAGCCUCAUCCAUUUGAUCACAGGGUGAUGUUAUCUGCAGGGUAUGAUGGAAACCUCUUCCUAUGGGACAUCGUUAAUGGUGUUAAAGUAAUGCAUUGCUUCAAUGCGAUUGAAGGACAAGGGCACGGUGCCAUUUUGGACUGCAAACUGUCCAACAAUGGGCAGCACAUGGCGGGUACAGAUUCCCAUGGACAUCUACUGAUUUUUGGCUUUGGCAGCAGUAAAGUAUAUGAUAAGAUUCCAGAUCAAAUGUUCUUCCACACAGACUACAGACCUCUUUGUCGUGAUGCAAAUCAUUUUGUCCUUGAUGAACAAACCCAACAAGCUCCUCACCUCAUGCCACCACCUUUUCUGGUAGAUGUUGAUGGAAACCCACAUCCAACCAAGUACCAGCGCCUGGUACCUGGGAGGGAAAACUGUGCGGAUGAGCACCUGAUUCCUCAGCUGGGAUACAUGGAGACUAGUGAUGGUGAAGUUGUGGAACAAGUAAUCAGCCAGCAGACAAACUAUGAUCACCAAAACCAAGAACCUAGCAUCCUGGAUGGGAUGAUCAGACGGCUACAACUGCAGCAGGAUCAGAGACGCGGCCUAGGAACAAGAGCCUAGUUCCAGCAGACAGGCUCCCCUGGGAGAUUCUGGAAGAAGAGACAUUAUAUCUCCUCCGAAUAUUGGUCUAAGACGCAGUGGACAGGUGGAGGGCGUCCGUCAGAUGCAUCACAAUUCACCCCGUAGUCAAAUCGCCACCGAGAGAGAUCUGUUAGCUUGGAAAAGGAGA